AAACACAAAAGGCGGUUUGAGCAAAAACAAAUCGCGCACAGCUCACGGAACGUGAAAUUGUUCAAAAAAGUUGCAAAAAAUGCACUCAAUCAAGCUUUAGUUAGUGUAAUAACAUUUAGUGAAGCAUCCCCACACCAUUGCACAAUCACAAUUUAGUGCCAGUUAGCAGAAACACGCACCAAUCACGUAUCGAAAAGUUCCGAAGCAGGGGAAGGCUUUGUUUGCGUCGUCCUUAAACUGCUUCUCCCCUUCUCGCUCGCUACGGCAAUAUCGAUUGAAUCUGCUGGGGCGAGGGCAAACACCCUGUCGAAGGCAAACCAGGUAGACCAAAAGGUUUCGCUACUACUAGCAAGCUUCCAGCAAAAACGAAACGAUGUCACACCGCGAGAUACUGCAGUCCAUCCGGGAGGACGAUUUUGUCGAGUACUUCCUGUUUCCUGCCCGCCCAUCCGACCCGUCCGAUGUGGAGCUGGAGAACAACGAACACGCCCUGGAGCCACUGCUGCAGGAGGUGAACCGGUUGGCGGAAGCGUUCUGCCAGCGGUACAUCUGGCAUCGGGACGGAUUUCGGGUCGUGCCGCGGCUGCUAAACGACACCCGCAUGCUGAUUGAGGCGGCCGAGGGACAGAAUGGUACGGCAAAUGCGAAACUACCCUCUCAUCUGUACGGGAUUUCCCACGUCGGUGACAACAUACAGGAUGAGUGGUUCAUUGUCGCGCUGCUCUUUCACUUGACCGAGCGCAUUCCCGGGCUGGUGGCGCGCGUUGUGGAUGCGGACGGCGAGUUCCUGCUGAUCGAGGCGGCCGAACAGUUGCCCCGCUGGGCCAAUCCGGAAAGCUGCGAGGGGAAAGUUUUCAUCUGCAAUGGCACGCUGCGAUUGGUGCAGCCCAGUGAGGAGGGGCAGCAGGAGUCGCUAGAGAUACAGGAUGCACUGGAACGGGUGCGUGGCACGGAAGGGGAAAAGUAUUGCGUUAGCGCCGAGGUAGAUCAAUGCAUACGCGAACGAAUUCAGGGCUUCCCGGAGGACAUUGUGGAGCAUCACCAUCGUGCGACGGUAAGUGUGCCCGUUGGCGUGGCGGCAGUGCUGCGCGAAAACCCGCAACUAGUCGCACCGGCCGUGCUGGCCUUCUGUGGGCGUGAUCCGAUCGAUCUGAAAGCGUGCCGGGCGAUGCGUUAUUUUCCGCCCGAAAAUUGCGUCAACGUUAGCGUCACCUUUACGAAGUGUUUGUACGCAAUGUUGGCGCAGAGCCGGUACCUGCCGGACCGUCGGACCGGUUGGACAAUCCCACUGUCAACCGAUCCGGCGUACAAAGCGCACAUGCUCGGUGUGAAGCUGGCCUGUGGGUUCGAGAUACUGGCAUCGCAGGCGAAAACUUCCCGCACGGACUGGGAGACGGAUAAGGGGUGGAAGAGUUACUACGAAUCGCUCCAAGCGAAGGGAUACUUCCGGGACAAUAUCGAGGGUUCGCAGGAGCACACGAAGCUGCUGGCGAUUGCACGGGAAUACUACGCGGAAAACCGGGACUCGAUGCGUACCACCCCGAAGAUAGGGGAGGAAAUCGUGUCCAUCCUGAAGCGCAACGAAUGGGACGUGGAGGAGCUGCGCCGGGAGAGUGCGGAGCUACCGCCCGCGGACAGCGACGACUGGAUGAACAUUUCGCCCGAAGAGCUCGACCAGCUGCUGACCAAGCGGUACGGUGCGAAGAAGCUGUUCUCGCUCAACGGCAACAACACGAACGCGGCGGCAGAAACGUUCACCUCGAUGGUGAGCGAUUUUCUCGACCAAAAAUCGGAAUACGAUGGCGUUGUGGUGGAGGACGAGUCCAAGGACGCUGAGCGGGCGGCAAAGGCUGUGCUGGCCAAGCUUGAUUUGGGCCCACUGAAAUCACCCACCAAACCGAAGCGCACGAAAAGCAAGGGAGCACACGAUCGACAGAAAGGGCAACAGAACAGCAAGAGCGCCACAUCCGUACCGGAUGCGAGCAGCACGGUAGCGCAGGAAUCACCGUUCCAUCAGUCGGUGGACUUUGAUGCGGGCGCAUUUGGGAUGCACGUGCGCAACAUGCUCGAUCUGCUCAUACCCGAGGAUCGGUGGGAUUCGUCGGACGAGUCGGAAAUGAGCGACUACAGCCAGGAUGAGUACGAUCGCAACAUAGAGGACAUGUCGCCGACACGCACGAACCGGGCCGUCCAGAGCGAGCUGCAGACGUACAUGGCACAGAUGGACCGCGAGCUGGCGGGGACGACGAUCGGCAAGAGCUUCGAAACGGCCAUCGACGAUGGGGAGGAGGGCGGGGAUGAGGGUGAUGGUGGCAAAAGUUCCGCACCGACUGCCGCGGGCGAUGAUUUCGACGACAUUGAAACGUUCAAACCGGUCAACAUCGACGUCAACACGCUGCGCAACAUGAUGGAAAGCUACCAGUCGCAGCUCGGUGGGCCGGGUCCGGCGGCCAAUCUGCUCGGCUCGAUGGGUGUACAGAUCUCGAAGGGUGGGGCGAAGGGUGGCGAGAAGGGGGGAAGCACACAGCAGACGGAUGUUUAAAUGCCCUUCUUUAUCAAUCUCGCGUUUAAGCUGUCACUCCCCCUCCCCCCCCCCCCCCGUUUGUGACCAAUUUUGUGUGUCAUAGUAUACAAUGAUUACAUCACCCCCCCUUUGUCCCGCCCCUACUCUCCUGCCAGUGCCAGUUAGGUGAAUGUUGUUUUUCGAAAUGAAAAAGAAAACAUUCUACGCUUUUUUAUCCUAAGAUCGAUGCACCUCACCCCAAGAAAUGUCUCACGAAUUGCGUCCAAUUUGCUAAUGCAUUUUUAUCAUAGACGUAGAGAGUAGGUAGUAUCAGUAAGUAAGGGAACAGGGUUUUUUUUUUUGUUUAAAUUAAGCUCGGAUAGAAUCCGUUUUUUUUUAUCCCGCUUAGCGUACGCGUAUCCUCCCGACCUCCAUGACCUUUUCCCGUCAUUACCGCAUUUGCAAUCACUUUUGUCUCAAUUAGAUUAAACGAUGCAUCAGGCAAGGAACACGGUUAAAUAGGUGAAAGAGUUUACCCCCAGAGUUUAGUGUUGAGUGUUUAAAGGAAUUUAAGAAUUUUGGUGCUGAAACGUAAAUGAUCGUACAAACGAAGGCUCCAGGCUCCUGGUUGAGCAGCCGAUAGAGAACGGAUAGGCAAGUGCGGAUAAGCGAAGAAACAAGGAUGCAAUUAAUUUCAAUAUCAAUCACAAUUACUGUAUAAGUAUCUACGAAACACGUGCAGUUCGUUUCCUCCUGGCUGCGAAGUCGUCGCUCAUUUUACCUACACUUACUUACCUACCGUUUUUAAGCUAUUUUAUAGCGUUUACGUACACUUCUUACCUUCGGUAUUACUGAAUCGACGCAACGCAAAGCUUUGCAGUGCGAGCAGGCGGUUAAGCCAUCUACCAACCCCCAAGGAUAGGCCAUUUUUGAAACGGCAAACACAAUUUUUCUAUGUACGUGUACGUCUACAACUAGCCAUGGAUGAAUAAAAAAAAACCCCCAACG